UGAAUUCAGUUGUCGUCCCUCCGCGUUACCGUCCACAAAUCAAUCAUGAAUUAUAUACCACAUGUAAUAUUAUUCAUUUCCCUGUGUCUCAAGCCCGCCUGGACAUUGUCACUGGGGCAAUACGGUGUCAGUGAUUCAAAGGGAAAUGGAUGGGGCGCUAAUUUUGGGCGUGCACCAAUACUCGAACGAUAUUCGUGGAAUAUGUUGGACUGGGCAUAUCCAGAUCAAUUGAGCCGCGACGCUGCUCUUGCCAGCGGUGACUAUAUACCCCAGAAUGGGCUUCCUGUCGGCAUCGAAAUUUGGCGGAACAAACUCUUCGUUACCGUACCAAGGUGGAAGAAUGGUAUACCAGCAACCUUGAAUUACAUAUCACUGGAUACCAAUCGUGGUGGAUCACCAAAGCUAUCGCCCUAUCCAAACUGGGCGCAGAACAAAGCUGGUGAUUGUGGCAGUGGCCUUACAACAGCGUACAGAAUUCAUGCAGAUGAGUGCGACAGACUUUGGGUACUGGACACUGGUACCAUUGGCAUUGGAAAUACUACUGUGCAGGCUUGUCCAUAUACGCUUAAUGUAUUUGAUCUCACAACUGACAAGAUACUCAGACAGUACAAGCUGAGACCAGAUGAUAUUAAUAUGAACACUUUCAUCGCGAAUAUUGCUGUUGAUCUCGGCAAAGACGGUUGCGACGAUGCUUUCGCCUACAUGUCAGACGAACUGGGCUACGGUCUGAUAGUCUACUCCUGGGAGAAUAACACGUCUUGGCGAGUCACGCACAGCUACUUUAUGCCAGAUCCACUGGCUGGUGAUUACAACGUUGGUGGGCUCAACUUUCAGUGGGGUGAGGAGGGUAUAUUUGGAAUGAGCUUAUCACCCAUUGCCCUGGAUGGCUUCAGAACCCUGUUCUUUCAUCCCUUGAGUAGUAAUCGAGAGUUCGCUGUGUCCACAAGAAUCCUGAGGGAUCCCGAUCUUGCUCUCGAUAGCUAUCACGAGUUCCAGCCCCUUGCCGAGAGAUUCAUGGGCCAUUCAACAUCCGAAGUGAUGGACGAGAACGGCCUUCAAAUAUUCAAUCUCGUCGAUCAGAAUGCCGUCGGCUGUUGGAACUCCCUCCUCCCCUAUUCACCAGCUAAUCACGCGCUAAUCGCUCGUCACGACGAAGCCCUCAUCUUCCCAGCGGAUGUCAAAAUACGACGGGGAAUGGUCUGGAUAAUCUCCGACAGAAUGCCCAACUUCCUCCUAGCAUCCCUCAACUACACAGACAUUAACUUCAGAAUACUGACGAUGCCGCUGUCGGCGGCUAUUGCCGGAACCGUCUGCGAUCACUCCCCGUGGAGAUUCAUUGGGAAUAAUGCUCUCUGGUGGGACCGACGAUGAUAAUAUCGUUAUUCAGGGCUGCGUGAAUGCUUAAUCGCAAUUUGUAAUGGAUUGAGAGAACGACUUAAUGUCACAAAAGUGAAUUCUCGUGACCGACGUGUUAUUUACAGCCCAAGUGCAAAGAAAUAUUCUGUCAAAAUAACAGAAUACUUAGAAAAAAAUUCUAAAAUACAUUCUGGGGUGUGAAAAAAUAUAAUGUUUUUCCGUUUUGUCAUUAUUUAAUGACAAGAAUCACAAAACGGUAGCAAAAGACAUGAAAAUUAUCACACCAGCAGAAAACUUCGUGAGCUAUUAGAUAGAUUAGGUAAGUUGCAGAAGUAAUUUUCUACCAUUCAAUCAAACCCAGAUACGUGAUAUUUUUUUAAACUCAACAAAUCAUCUUGUGACAUUAGAUCGUUCUCCACCAAGUGUGCAACUCUAGAGAAUGUAGACAACCAGUUAUUUAACCACGCUUCCGCGCAGGUGAUAAUUCAAACCACUAAUUAUGUUCCCACCCGUAGUUAGAAAAUUAAUUAAAUAAUGACAUUUUUCUCCCGAAAAUAAAAGUCCAUCUCCCCAUCAAAAGCAGUUUCACAAAUACUGAUCUGCAGGGCAUUGAACAAUGUACCCGAAAAUAAUGAUUUUUAGUCAAGCGAAGAAGAGAAAUGUUUACGACA